GGUGUGUCAAAGAUUCAGCAGCACAAUGUGGGGGAUGGCGCGCAUCGAUGAGUGGAAACCGGUGAUGGCAAUGCUGGUCUUCGACCUCAUCUCUGCCGUGACAACGGCCCUGAUCAAGGCGGCGCUCGAGGAAGGGCUCGACCGUCUAGUGCUCAUCACGCUGCGUCAACUGGUGGCCACGGUCUUCCUUUCUCCGAUCGCAUUUUUCAAAGAACGGAACACACGGCCUAAGCUCACACUGGAGAUCCUGGUGUACCUCUUCUUCAGCGCAGCGUUAGGGGCUGCGCUCUCUCAGUAUACCUUCUUCUACGGGCUGCAGUACACAACGGCAACGUUUGCAAUAACUUUCACCAACCUGGCUCCUGUGCUCACUUUCCUCAUCGCUGUCUUGCUCCGGUGUGUGUGUGCCGAUUUUCAAAUUUACCUGGUACCUUUCUCAUGCACUUUGUUCUUGCUAAUAUCUAAACCCUUUGGGAAUACGGCUCAUGGAUGUAGGGUGGAGUCACUGAACAUGAAGAACAAGGCAGGAGCUGCGACGAUCAUCGGGACACUCAUGUCGUUCGCCGGCGUCAUGCUCCUGACCCUCUACAAGGGUGUGGCCUUGACACACCAAGCAGAGCCUUCAGGCCAGCAUGCAGAAAUAGCAGCAGCAGAAUCUGGCAAGAAGAGCUGGACCCUGGGCACUCUAGCGUUACUGGCAAACUGCCUGUGCUUCUCCUUUUGGCUCCUGCUGCAGUCCAAGCUCACCAAGAAGUACCCAGCACUCUACUCCAGCACUGCAUACAUGUUCCUCAUCAGCUCCCUGCAGGGCGGGGGCCUGACGGCGGCGAUACAGCGGCGGGCAUCGGUGUGGGUCCUCACCAAGCCAGUGGAGAUUGUUACAGUACUAUACACAGGAAUCUUGGGGUCUGGAGUGGGAUAUGUACUGAUGACAUGGUGUGUGGAGAAGAGAGGGCCAGUGUUCACUUCAGCUUUCAUCCCCAUCAUCCAGAUCAUGGUGGCCAUAAUUGAUUUCUUCUUUCUCCAUGAGAACAUCUACCUUGGAAGUGUGCUGGGAUCCAUACUGAUGAUCUUGGGCCUCUAUAUUCUGCUGUGGGGAAAGAGCAGGGAUGCCUCGGCGACAGUACCACCUGCCAAAGAGGAAGAGGAUAAGGAGAAGCAAAUCAAAUCAUAAGGACCAAGCUAUGGCACUCUUAGGUUGUAAAACUAUGGCAUAUAUUCCUCCUUAGUUUUCUACACCUACGUAGUUUAACCAAGAGGAAUAGUAUACAGUACUGUUAGUAAUGCAGUUGUCGUAUGCGUUUUCGCUCGCACAACGAGACGAUACGUCGGGCAAAUUUCUGCAGCUAUAUGCCUAAAUGUAGCCCAAAUUCUUCAGGUGAUAAAGAGCGGUGGGCAUAGGUUGCCAAUAUCUCAGUACGUUAGAAGGUCACAUCUGUCAUAUUGAGCAUGAAAAGAAAUAAAAGAAAAGAAAAGAAAAUAUUCUCCGCA